GUGUGGUCACGUGACAAGCACAAGCCACCACACCGUUGCGUUUGACACGAGAAAAAAACAUUUUCAUUAAGAUGUUAAUGAUGGAAAGAGGCGAAAACUCCAGCGCUGUAAUUUGCAAAUUAUGUGGAGACCCAUUCUCUCUGCCUGAGGAGGAUGAAGUUGACAGCAACCUGCCUCGUGUGCUCUCAUGUGGCCACAUCUACUGCACAUCUUGCCUGAUGUCCAUUCAGUAUGACAGUGUCAUUAGAUGUCCGGAGUGUGAGGUUGAGUCAAGCAUUCCUAAAGGUGGGGUGUAUGGGCUGCAGGAGGACAGCAGAAUCAUUGGCCUCAUCUACACUGCUAAAAUGAACAAGAUGAAAAGCCUCCGGAUAGAGAGAUCCAGGAAUCGCAAAAGAAACAAAUUACCAACUUCUACAGAUAGGAAUGCCAAUACAGUGGAUAUGGAUCAGCCAGCUGCUAUCGAGAAGAUUGAGCAGACUGUGGAUGAGGCGUUGGCCCAGGCUGCAGAAAAUCUUGCCCAGCUGGAACACAUCCAUGAGACCCUGACAACUGGUCUAGCAGAACAGGUGAAGAGAGAGAGAGCUCGGCUUGGGAUGGAGGUCAUGCAAGCGACAGACAAAGCUUUACAUGCUGUUCAAAAGUGGAAAGAAGCACAGAUUAAUCAGCUGACAAAACUUGAGGCACGAUUCUCCACCACUCAAGUGCAGGUGUGCUGUGUCCAGGGGAGGAUAAAGUCCUUGAACAUUGCCAUGCAGAUGGCCAGAGAAGUCCGACGUGUCCCCAUUCUGGGGCAGUAUUGUACCCUUGAUAAGGUUCUGGAGACAUUGCAGGAUCCUGUGGAUAUUCAGUCCUUUGAUACAAAAUGCCUUACUUUGGAUUCUGGAAUUAGUUGUGUUUUCCACUCAGAAAGUCUGAAUCAGGGUCUGUCACUGUCACUGAAGAUGGAACACAGUGACCCAAAGUGCUUCUCCGAGUCUCUUCCUAAAGGCCACCAGCCAGGCAACUUUCCCAGAAUAUCCCCCAGGCAAUAUUCAGAGGGCAGGCAUGGUAGUUGCACCCCACCAACUGGCAGGAAGCUCCCCACCCCACAUAAACAGGACAAGGAGAGCCCUGGUUUGUCAUCACGGGGUUCCUCUCCAUACCCAAGACCUCGUCACAGGUCAAGCCUUUCUCGCCACAGCUCAGCCUCAGAUCUUGGAACUCCAGAUGUAAUUAUUGAGGAGCUGUUCGAUGAAAGACAAGAGCACGCUCUCCCACCCACUGGCCCUGAGCUGGCUAAUGAUAAGUGGAGAAUCCAGAGGAGAAGGAAGAGUCUGUUUGACAAUAGGAGAAAUGUCAUCCAGUGGGUAGCGGUAACCCAUGUUGUGAAUCCAAGUCACUUCUACGUUCGCUAUGUGGCAGAGAAGAGGGAACAUGAGGUCCUAUCUAAGAGGAUCAACAGCUUCGUCCGCAGGGAUAAUUGUCACUUCACUUCCAAUGACACAGUGGAGACCGGCUCUGUGGUCUUUGUUAAGUGGAAAGCGGAGCUGUGGUGCAGGGCCAAUGUAGUUGAAGUGGUGCAGAAUGAAUGUGUGGAGGCUGUAAAAUCCUGCCCGGUCUACCAGCUGGCCAGCAUCCGAGUCUUCCUCCCCGACUAUGGCCUCACCAAGAUUAUCACCAUACAAAGUGAGGAGAGGAUCACUGAGUCUUCACUGAAAGAGGUCAACAACCACCUUAGGAAGGUCAAUGAGGAGAUGAACAUGGAGCUGGGUCACUUUGCUCCACAAGCCAUCAGAUGUUCACUCAAGGACCUUGUCCCCUAUGAUCUGGCAAAGGGUUGGAGUGAAGAGGCACAGGUAGAAUUCCAGAAUAUGGUUGGCUCCGCAGCAGUGGAGAUGCGGCCUUUGGGUCAGGACAGAGAGUAUUUGUUGGUGGACCUGAGGAAAGCGCCCAUGGACCAAUCCAGUGAUGUACCCAUCUCUGUCAGAGAGUUCCUUGUUUUCAUUGAAGUGGCCAGGUUUUAUUCUCCAGUGACGUUGGGCAGGAAGCCCCUGCAGUACUACCCUCCUGUCUAUCCCAAGAUGAACACAGAGCUCAAUGCUGUGGUGUCCCACAUCAACAAUCCUGCGGACUUCUACAUCCAGAUGGUUGACAACAUGGAGUCCAUGUUACUCUCAGCCAAGCUGCAGGAUUGUUACAAUGCCACAGUGGCUGGGGGAGAUGACCUCAGGGUCUACUGCCCUGUGAUAGGACAGGCCUAUGUUGCCCGCUAUGAUGACAAGUUGUGGUACAGAGCACAGGUCAUAGGUCAUCCAGGGGGCAGAAAAGUUGAGGUGCGAUAUGUGGACUUUGGCAAUAAGGACAUUUUGUCAGUCAGCAACUUGAGGAAGAUUAAGGAUGAGUUCUUUGCUCUUCCUUCUAUGGCAAUCCACUGUUGUUUGUCAGAUGUGGUCCCACUCAAUGGAGAGACGUGGAGUGAUGCCUGCACCAAGAGAUUCAUCAGUCUGGCUGACCAGAAACUCGUCACUAUUGUGGCUACAGGAAAAGUGCGCAAAACUGAGCCUCUGCCAAUCAAGCUGUUUGAGAGCAGCCUGAACGGGCCAGUUGCCAGCAUAGCUGAGCUACUGGUUAAAGAGGAGCUCGUUCACUUCAAAGAGGGAGUCAAGUCCAAGGGUGCCACAUUCCCUGGAGAGGAUUCUGACAUAUGGGACACCCCACUCGAGCUUGAUUCGGUCCUGGAGGGUGGUGAUGCAAAACAAAAAGUCGUAAGAGAACUGAACGAGGAGCUGCUGGAGAUUCAGCCUUUGCUGAAGCUCCCUGCCAAACUCAAAGACCUGAAAGUCAAAGUCAGCCACGUCAACUCACCAAGCAGUUUCUAUGUGCAGCUCACGCAGAACAACCCUCAGUUCAAAAGGAUCUGUGAGAGGGUGAAGCAGGAGUGUGCACUGAUGGAGCCCAAAGAUGUGGUGUGGAAGGCAGACAUGUACUGCGCUGCACUCAUUACUGGGGCUUGGGAGAGAGGACAGAUCUGCUCUGACGUCACAUCCAGCAACAUUGCAGAGGUGAUGCGCUGUGACCAUGGCAACACAGUGAAGCUCCAUAUCAGCAACUUGCGGCCACUGCCACCCUCCUUGAUCGGCUCUUUUGCUCUCGAAUGCACUCUUACUGACAUCAGGCCAGCAGGAGGUCGUUCCUCCUGGACGGCUACAGCCUGCGAUAUAUUCUCUUUCUAUCUGACCGGAGCAUCAGCUGUUAUGACCAUCAAGGAGUUGACAGAUGAGCGUCCAGUUCCUGUCAUACUGUUCUGCUCCAACAAGAUGGGACAGUAUGUCAGCAUUGCAGACUUUCUGGUCAGCGAGGGCCUCGCCCUCAGGGAAAGAAAACCGAGAGAAGCUGUCACUGGAAAACCCAAAGAAACUGAUGUACAGUCUCCAGUGAGCGAGGCACAAACUGAUGUUUCUGAUGCUGACCAAAAAAACACUUCUGCAAUUCCUUUACCGUCCCUGACCCCCCUCGCUUCCACUACCAACCCUCCAAAACCAGCCCCCCGCACCAUUAUGUCUGCUGAAAUGGUAAAGACUCAGUUGUAUCAACCCCCAGAGCUGCCAUGCCUCGGUCACAUCCAGUUAAGUGUUUCUGCUAUCGGAGAAGACGGACUCAUUUACGUCAGAACACAGAAUGCAGACUGUCAGCUGGAGCAGCUUCGGGAGAGGAUUAAUCAGAGUAUGAAGACAUUGCCCAGACAGAAGCCUUACACCUGGAAGUCGGUUCUUGGCUGUGCCGUCAUCGGACCAGAUAUGUUCUGGUAUCGCGGACAACUGCUGGAGGUGCAAGGAGGACAUGUGAAGGUACAAUAUGUGGACUAUGGGCUGGUGGAGAACAUCCCAGUGGUCCAUGUGUACCCCAAGCUGCUGUUUGAAGAUGUUCCUCAGCUGUGUAUGCCCUGCCAGCUGCACGGCCUCAACCCUGUUGGUGGUAAGUGGCAGGGGGAUGCCGUGUUUUUGCUGAGGGAGAUUUUGCUGAACCGCUGUGUAGACAUACAAGUCAUGGAGCUGCCAACUGACCCAAGGGGACCCCUCACAGUUGAGCUCUUCCUUGAUGGGCUGAGCCUCAGCAGGAUCCUCUGUCACUACGAACACGCCUCCUUGAACCUGACUGUCUCAGCACAGAAGGAGGGACACUCAGUGAUGUCUCCUGCCUUCCUGGAUGAUUGGGACAUUGACACUGAGGGUCUGAGGGGCCCAGAGGAGCCGAUGCUGGGGCCCUUUAUCGCCCCAAAACUACCACAGAAGGGACAGCAGUUUGAAGUCAGAGUCAAGCACCUGUUGACCCCUAAGGAGCUCUUCCUGUGGCCUGUGGAGGGAGCAGCUGAGAUGGAGGUGGAUGGAUUGACUCUGGCUGAGGCUCUCGACAGAAUCAAUGCAAACAUCAGCAGUCUGCCACAACUCACCAACUUCCCUUAUGGCAGUCCGUGUCUGGCAGAGUACAGUGAUGGGCAGUAUUACCGUGCAAAGCUGAUCAAGUUCACCAGCGUGGAGCCCGUCAAGAUCCUGGUCCGACAUGUCGACUUUGGCUCUGACGACACUUUGCCCCCCAGCAAGAUUCGUCAGAUGCCGGCCGAGCUGCUGAGAUUUCCAGCGCGGGCGCUCAAGGUCAAAGUGGCCGGCUUCAAGGCUCCGAGCGUCAACAGAGAGAAAGACGUGCUGCCCUACAGUCCAGCCUGGAGUGUGAAGGCUGCAAGGGAAAUGAUCGAGUUGUUACACAACAACAUCACAGCUUCGGUUGUGGCCCGGGAACCAGAGCUCACAGUGCUGCUGUACGACGAGAACGGAGAGUUGGUCCAUCUGCCUCUGGUCAGCAGCGGACUGGCUGAGCUCGAUUGAAGUGGAGUGGAGAGGAGCUCCUCAACCCACAAGGUUCAGUUCAUGUAUGUUUUCAGAUUUAUUUCAGGUAUUAAAAUAAACACAUUUAGACAGAGUGCUUUUUUAUCUCUGAAUUUCAAUUUAGUCUGAUUUGUUAAACCUCUUAUCACUUUAUGUCCUCAUAUUUUUCACUUUGACAAGAUGAAUCACUGCUCAUAAAUUCCAAACAUAGCCUCUGACAUUUUAUAGAGUUAACAAUUGAUCUUUAUAAAAAAGUACGCAUAGAAAAAGUAGUUUGACAAAUUUGAGCCACAGUUAAUAAGUUCCCUGUUGUAUCUUUUUCCAGUUUAGGCGCUGACGUCCUGUAUAGUAAACAUCUUGAUUUCAUUCUGUUGUGCCGUCUGACUGCUGUUGUUGCAGAGUUUACAGUAGUCUGUACUUUGACAGUGUUCCAGUAGAGCAGUGAUUUAGUUGAAGUUUGGCUAUUUUGUGUUUGGCUGAACACUUUGUUUUCUAGUCAUGUGACUCAUGUGAGACAGACUUAUCUGUAUGAAGGUUCUGAUUAAAGUCUUCCAAUGCUUUCUAGA